AUGUUAUUUAUACGUUUAUUAGUACCAAGAAUAAAAUUUUAUUCAUCAUUUCGAUUAAAAUCAACGGACAUUAAUUUAGUUGAUGAACUUAAUAGAAUAAAAACUAAAGAUUUGACGAAAAUAUUUAAUGAAGAACAAAUAGAAGUUUUUCAUCAAUUAAAACGUACAUUAGGAGGAAAAUUUCAUUCUUUAGAACAAUUUCAAAAUGAACCAAAACUUAAAAUUGAUUUUGAUCAAUUCUUUGAUUAUUUAUUACAAUUGAAAAAAAGAAAUGAUAAUCAACAGCAUCGAAUUCGUAUUGAACCUCGUCUAACAUCGAAAAUAGUCGCCGAUAUUGAAAGUGUUUGUAGUCUUGAUUAUACUUCUUCACAUAUCAAUUGGGCUAUUGUAAAAACAACGGAAGAAAAAAACAAAUUUCAAGUUAAACAGUGGAAUUCAUUAGAAAUUGAUCUUGAUCGAAAAUAUAAUUUCUUUCGAACAUUCAGUCAAUUAGUCGAUGGUCUUUCGACAAUACCAUUAAAAGAUGCAAAUGUUCUUCUUGUUGAAGAAACAACUUAUCGUUAUUCAAAUCUUAAGCUAGCCACGUAUGUUUCACAAUUACAACAAAUUCGUGCUAUAUUUAAUACAUUACUUCAUUGCCAUCCAUUAUUUGAACGACCUGUUUAUCAUAUAUCAGGAAGAGAUGUUGCAUUACAUCUUGGUUUAUUUAUUGGCAAUGAACAAUCAAGUGCAGAAUUUUUUCUCACGAAUCUUAUAUUUAACAAUACAGAAAACAAUAAAAAGAUAUCAUUGGAUAUUGACCAUCAAUUAAAAAUAAAUUAUCAUCGAACAACAAUAGGACAAAGAGAACCGAUGGCUCAAUGUCUUCUAAGAGCUUUAACUUUUCUUCAAUAUAACAAUGAGAAAAAAUAUUCUUCUUUACAUUCAAAAUAA